AUGAGUUGCCGAAUCGCGUUGCUGCGCCGCCUGCGCCCGGCACCUCGGACGCCGUCGCUGCCUCGACCCGCCGCCCAACAGCCUCCGAACCCGUCUCCGAGAACAUCAUCAGCCCGAAGCCCGUUCUUCACCACCAGCCGUCGCCGAGCGAGCAAGCACAAGCAGGCCGCCGACCACCCCGACUUCCAGUCCAUCCUCGACGCGCCGCCCCAAAUCGUCCGCUCUGGACGCAGACACGGGCCCGGCAUCAUUCUCCUAGCUCUGAUCCCCGUCACCGCCUUCGCCCUGGGCACCUGGCAAGUCCAACGGCUCGGCUGGAAGACGGAGCUCAUCGCCAAGUUUGAAGACCGCUUGGUGCGCGACCCGCUUCCUCUGCCGCCCACCGUCGAUCCGGCCGCCGUUCACGACUUUGACUAUCGCCGCGUCUACGCGACCGGUCGCUUCCGGCACGACCAAGAAAUGCUCGUCGGGCCCAGGAUGCGCGACGGCAAGGACGGCUACAUGGUCGUCACUCCGCUGGAGCGUGAGGACGGCGGCUCCACCAUCCUUGUGAACCGCGGAUGGAUCAACAAGGCGCACAGGGGCCAGGCCACGCGGCCCGACGGCUUGCCACGAGGUCCCGUCACCGUCCAAGGCUUGCUGAGAGAGCCGUGGAAGAAGAACAUGUUUACGCCCGCCAACAGGCCGGACAAGGGCGAGUUUUACUUCCCAGACGUCAAGGAGAUGGCCGCCUUGACCGGCAGUCAGGCCGUGUGGGUCGAGGAGACCAUGGAACCCGACUUUAUGAGAAUGAUGGACUUUGAGGCGAGAGGCGUUCCCUACGGCAGACCGGCCGAGGUCAAUUUGAGAAACAAUCAUGCUCAGUACAUCUUCACAUGGUACGGGUUGUCCGUGGCAACGGCAAUCAUGCUAUACAUGGUGCUGAAGAAGCCUGCUUCCAAUAUAGCACGCCGUGUGCAAGCUAGUAGGGGCUUCUAG